GUACUUUCUAAUCUUUUUUUUUGCUCGUUUAAAUAAAACAAAACAGAUUUAUAUGAAAGUAACAGUUAUCAGAUGGUUUCUUUAGGACCAGAUAACACGUGCAAAAAUCCAGAGUGUGCCUUAAUGUAAUGCCACAAGAGGGCGAAUGCGGGUAAAGUAAACAAACCUUACUGUAAAAGGAACAGGAACUAAAGCAGUUCCACAUCAGCACUUCCGCCUCACAACGACACAACGAAAACAUCCCUGAUACACGCACAGGUGUGUAGAGAUGGAGGCAAAGGCAAGUGACCCUUUCAGCAGUGAGGCUGAGGAGCUUCCUGCAGCACGGCUGAUCAGCAGACUCUUUCCUAAAGGGCUUUCUGGGAAUGGUGCGAAGGAGUGGCUGGACCGUAGACGGAAAUCUAUCAGGCCCUGGGCCGGCUUUGUGGACCAGCGCAAGUUUUCCAAACCAAAGAAUUUCGGUGAACUCUGCCAGCGUGUUGUGCGCAACAUGGACACCUACCACAGCAACUACACUUUCAUUUUCCUGGCACUCAUCCUCUACUGCAUUAUCAGCUCCCCCAUGCUGCUGAUCGCUUUGGCUGUAUUUGCUGGCGCCUUUUACAUCAUCCAUCUGAAAUCAUUGGAGUCCAAGCUAGUUGUUUUUGGUCGGGAGUUGACUCACGGUCACCAGUUAGGACUGGCUGGAGCAGUGUCGUUACCUGUCUUCUGGCUUGCAGGAGCUGGCACAGCUGUGUUCUGGGUACUAGGAGCUACGAUGGCUGUGAUUGGCUCUCACGCUGCCUUCCGUGAACUAGAGCAAUCAGACAUGGAGGAACUCCUGAUGGAGCCUGUAUAACUCAUCGGCUCUUGAGCUCUGCACAUAUUAUUUAUCUGAACAUCUUGCCUUUACAUUGUUACUGCUUUCAGAUACAUUGUGGUGAAUUAACUAAAUAUUUAAUCAAUUACUGUUCUAUGGAUAGACUGUUAUUUGGGAAUUGAUGCGUUUUUUUUUGUUUUUUCUGUUUCGUUUGCGGAUCCGAUUUCAGAGAAAGCACGUAGAUGAAACGCAUUUUUAAUGCCGACUGUUGAUGGGUCGCUGACAUUACGCACAGUAGAACACUUUCAGCUUCGUUGGUACACAGCGGAUACUCAGCUCCGUUUGUAACAUAUUGAAGAUCUGCAUGUGUAUCGUGCUUUAAAAUCAAAAACAGAAGUCAAAGCUGCAUAACAGGAAAAAAAAAACUUCAAAUAACUUCUUCAUUUAAAUGGAAAUUAAAAAAGGAGUGGUUUACAUUUUUUGAGGGUUUCUGUAAAAAAUAGAAAUAAAUUGUAUGCAGGAAAAAGUCAAGUUUUUGUGUACAGAGGGGUAAAGCUAUCCAGUGUGCCUGCGAACAUUAUCAUUACGGUGUUGUUUCUUGAUGUAAUCAAAUAGAGUAUGUACGAAAUGCAGUAUCAAAUAGCUUCACAAACGCAUGUUGUCCGAGUGCUUUUAUUGCAAUUCUUUGCAGUCUUUCUAUUGCCUUUUUGUAUUAAAUAAUAAUCUUUUUUUUUUUUCAUUUCUUUUCUUUGCUUGUCUUUUAUCGUCGUGUUGUAUUUUGAUCAAAACAAAAGUGCAAUAUAGUCCUCCGCCUGUAACGUAUUGUGUGCAGGGUUUGACAUCACUGCUUAUAAUUUGCCAGGAUGUGUUGAAGGUGAAUAAAAGCCUUUGUAAUCUUC